AUGCCGAUAUACGGUCGUAUCAACACGGCAUCCGUGCCCCUAACUCCUCUCAACUGCGCCGUUUCCAAUACCAUGGAUAAUGCUAACGGCCCUUGCGAUCAAAUAGUACAAAUUGCCUUAACAGACAAGAGGCUACUAUUGCCGGGCGAACAACAGCCCUGGGUAUCUUGCAACAACCGUCCAAGCUCCGCUUGCCAGCUUGCUCGCGGCGCCGCUCUAGACCCCUUCGAUGCUCUCCCCAUUCGUAUGCCCUUCAAAUCGAAAGAGCUCUUCCAUUACUUCUACCAAUUCGGGCACUCGUUGAAAAUAGUCAAGACGAAUCAGGCCGAGGACUGUCUUACCUUAGCAGUCAACGACCCACACGCGCUCCGCAACACCCUGCUCAUCGCCGGCCUGCACUACUCCUGGAACACAGGCGAUUUGCAAGUAUUCGACUCUGCCUUUUUCUUCCACAAAGUAGAGACCAUCCGGACCGUCAACAAGCUACUCGGAAAUGCGAGUCCCAAGCUGGCGGUGCUCUGCAUAUCGCAGAUCUGCACGCUGUGCUACACUGAGGCCUGCUUAGGCAACGUAGCAGUCGCAGAAACGCACCUGGACGGGCUCAUGACGUUCCUGGACGCAAUGGAACAGCAGAACCCCGCAGUGCUGAGCGGCGAUGAUGCGGACAGCGAACACGCUCGUCGCUACCUCCUUAUCACGUACAACUUUGUGCACAACAUCAAGAGCCGGCUCCGCGCCUUCAUACUCGCGUCUGCGUCUGCGUCUGCGUCUAUGUCUGAGAGCGCCCAGCCCCCAAGCCCAGAGGACGACCCGUCCGCGGCCGACGCUCUGGACCGCAUGCACGAGUGGCACCAGAUCGAGUACCUCGGGCUCGAGAACCGGCUCAAGGCCCUACGGGUAUUACCUUCCUUCAUCUGCCCCGCCCCUUCCGCCGGGCCACCGAAAAGGUUCGACGCCUCGACAGUCCUCCAAGGGCUGCGGGAUGUAACUGCAGGCAUAGACAAGAGAGACAUCGACCCGACGGGGAACAAGAUGUGGAACGAGGGGGCGCCCAAUCGGCUUUUUGUCGCGCUUGUGAAUCACCACGCGCAGUCGUUCUCGAACGAGCACACUACCACAAAGCCCUCAGGCUCGAAGGGGGGGAGUAGGAGUAGAGAGACUGCAAAUACUAACCCUACCAGCACUAGUACUACGAAUCUACUAACGACGUGGAGCGGCAUCACCGCAGUCAUGGGCCUGUACAUGCACAGCGUGCUCAGCACAACCAACAACGGCGACCCGCUCGACCCGCGGCUCCUGCGGCGCGUCGCACUGGAGGUUGAGAGGGACGUCGAGGGGUACCCUUAUGGGACCAAGGGAUCUAGCUCCAGCAUCACCACCAGUACAAGCGGCCACGACUUAUGGCUAUGGAAGGCCUUCGUAACAGCCAUCGCGCUGGCGAAGAACCGGGAGCACUUUGCGAAGCAGAAGCGGAAGACCAUCUGGUCGUCCCCAGUUCCCCACGCGGGGGUAGCGAAGGAGAAGCACGGCCGCGACUUGCCUUCAAUUCUGGAGCGCAUGGAGGACAGAGUGCGCCGGUGGAGCAAAGACACGGGUGUUGCGGGGUGGGCGGAGGCGAAGGCGGCGCUGGCGAGGGUGGUGUGGCCGGCGGAUUCGAGUGGGCUAGAAGAGAGGGAGUUCGAGGGGGUGUGGGGGGUUGUGAAGAUAGGGGGGGAGUAG